AUGAGUCCCUCGCUGGGAGCAGCGGCAGCGCCCGACAAGGCGGCCGCGCCCGAUGCAGCAGUCGUGGUGGACAAGCUGGAUGGCGUGCAGGAGGCGGCGCACGCGUUCCAGGAUGCCACGGUGACGCAGGAGGAGCUGGACAGGCUCACGGUCCCAGAGGGCUUGAGUGAUGCUGAACGGGCGCAGCUCUACAUGUCUGGGGGCCAGGCGGUGCAGCAGGCGGCGGUGAUUGACAACCUGCCGGGCCUGCUGCGGUCGGCGGGGCGGGGGGUCUUCCCCGCCAUCUCCCGCAGCCUCAUGGAAGCCGCGCGGCAGCUGGACAGCGAGGGGCAGAUGGCGGCGGCAGAGUCGUUUGCCACCGUGGCGCGGGAACGCCUGCUUCCCAACGUUGACCUUGCUGACGCCAUCCUGCCGCUGGUGCUGGCGGGGGUGGGCGACGGCGGGCACCCCGCGGCGCAGGCCGCGUGGCUGGCCUGCCUGGCCGACAUCGCCCCGGCUCUGGACCCCAUCACCCUGCGCAACCGCGUGCUGCCCAGCGUGGUGGCGCGCGGCAGCGGCGGCGGGCGCAGCCUGCGGGAGCGCUGCCUGUGCUGCCUGCUGCUGGGCGCGGUGGCGCCGUACGCAGACGAAGAGGACCUGAAGCGCACGCUGCUGCGCCUGGCGGGCACGCUGUGCCAGGACACGGAGUGGCAGGUGCGGCACGCCGCCUGCCAGCAGCUGCCCGCGCUGGCGACGGCCACGGCGGACAAGCUGCCUGCGGCGGAGCUGGAGGGCGUGUUGGAGGACCUGUUUGGCCUGCUGGAGGACGAGGAGGCUCUGGUGCGCGCGGCGGCGUGGCGCGCGCUGGCGGCGGCCCUGGACCUGCUGCCCAUGCGGCUGCGGCGGUCCCGCGCGCUGCCGCUGCUGCUGCAGCAGUGCCGCGACCCGGAGCACCACGCCGAGGUGCACCGCAGCCUGACGGCGGGGCUGGGGGCCCUCAUGGCUCGCCUGGUGGCUGACAUGGAGGGAGAUGCAGAGGUGAACGCCUGCCUGGGCUACUUCCGCAGCCAGGCCUGGCGCCACGACCACGCCACGCGGCUCAACUGCGCCGCCGCCUUCCCGGCGGUGCUGCGGGCCGGUACCGCACGGCGGUACGGCUCCCACCUCCACGACACCUUCCUGCGCCUGGCCUCCGACGCCGACGCCGAGGUGCGGCUGGCGGCGGCCGCCGCGCUGCCCGAUGUGGCAGCCAGCCUGGGGCGCGACCGGUGCUGCCAGUACCUGCGGCAGCCGGUGGCGGCGCUGCUGCAGGACGAGCGGCAGGAGGUGCAGGCGUGCCUGCUGGGGCGCCUGCCAGAGGUGCUGCAGCACUUUUGCCUGGGCGCGCCGGAGGAGGCCCGCACCAAGGUGCUGGCAUCCUUUGUUGACCCGCUCCUGCGCUUGGAGGCCGUCAGCGGGUACAGCUGGCGGCUGCAGCUGGCGCUGCUGCAGGCCCUGGCCGCCUUCCCAGCCUUCUUCUCGCCGGACCAGCUAUACGAGCGCUUCCUGCCGCUGGCGUGGAAGUAUAUGGGCGAGGGGGUGGCGGCGGUGCGCGAGGCGGCCGCGGCGGCCGCCGCCGCCGUCUGGCGCGCGCUGCGCAAGCCGCCACACCGGACCGCGCUCUACGCCCGAGCCGUGCUCGACUUUGGGCAGUCUAAGAGCUUCCGCCACCGCAUGGUGUUCCUGGACUUCUGCCUCCACGCCCAGCGCCACUUCAGCAGCAGGUUCAUCAAGGCGCACUUGUUGGAGGCGGCCCUCACCCUGGCUUACGACCCAGUGGCCAACGUGCGGCUGCACCUGGCGGCAGCCAUGCCGCCGCUGAAGCAGGCGCUGGCGCUGCCCGACGAUGUUCACCUGCUGGAGCGGCUGAACAGCGGCAUGAGCCACCUGAUCACAGAUGGCGACGCGGAUGUGCGGCGCGAGGCGCGCAAGGCCAACGAGGCCUUCAAGUGCCUGCCCGUGCGCAUGUCGUGCGGCGCGCUGGAGAGCAGCAGCGCAGAGGUCAAGGCAUACGAGGCGGCGGAUGCGGCGCGGGCAGAGGCGGAGCGAGACUUCCUCUUCGAUCCGGAGCAGCUGGACAAAGUCCACGCCGAAAUCGCUGCGUACGAUGAGCAGCUGCGGCCAGCCCACGCACGGCUGGCGCUGUCGCUGCCGGGCCAGCUGGCCUCGCACCUCCGCAGCAGCUCUGAUGGGCCAGCAGAGCCCCGGCGGGACAAGGGGCUGGCAGCCAGCCUGCAGAGCGGCCGCUCAGCUUCCAUGGACUCGGCUGUGGAUGGCAGGCUGCAGCAGCACCGGGGAGCAGAGGCGAGCAGCGGCGGUGGUGGCAAGGGAGGCAGCAGGGCCCGUGCGGACGCUUCACGCGGCAAGGUGGCGGCGCAGCUGAGGGCGUCCGCUCCGGGCACGCCGCACAUCGGCGGGAGCACUCCUCACUCGCCAGGAGCUGCUGGCACGGGCGGGGAGGCGGCAGCAGCCAUCUCCGCGGCAGCAGGGGCUGCAGGCUCCGUGCCGCAGCAACAGCGGCGAGCGGCGGGAUGGCAACCACCAGCUGGCAGCAGCCCCAGCCGCUUGAGCCAGCAGAGCCCCAGCGCCGCGGCCGCAGGCAAGGCACCUCCGCAGCCCUCAAGGCUCAGCGGCGCACUGUCAGGCGGCGGCGCAUUAGCCGGCAACGGAAGCGGAGGCCUGCUGCGGCGGCCGAGCCUCAAGGGCGCGGCCACACGGGCGGCCGCAGAGGUGCAGCAGCUGGCCCUGAAGCUGAGGUCCGUGCUGCUGUCUGGUGAGCCUGUGGCAGCGGCCGCGGCACCGGCACCUGCACAGCCGCAGGCGCCGCAGCUGGCGCCCGGGAUACGCGGCAGCGCUGCCUACGGCAGCUCAGCCCCCAGCAGGGCAGCAGGCAGCAGCGGAGGCGGCAUGAAGAUGUCUGCCGAAGGGCGAGGCGGCGGCGGCGGCGGCGGCUUAGGGUUCAGCGUCAGGGGGAUGACGCAAUUGGUGGGCAGCGGCCGGGCAGGACCCGACACACCUGGCGGCAGAUGA